UUGUCUAUAGAACUUUAAUCAUAAAAGUAUUGUACCGGUAACUUUAGUUAUUUGCAAAUAAAGUGUAAAUCGUUUCGAUCAAGUAAUUUUAUACUGGUUUAGGUGAAAAAAAUAAAGUUCUGUUACACUUCUUAAUAAAUUAUUAAAUAAGCGAAAAUGUCUGAACUGGAAAGUAAAAAUAUUGAUUCUAAGGACUCGUCAAUGUUGAAUUCUAAAAAUAGUGGGUCUGAGCAAAAAUCUGCAAAUUCAUAUGGACGUCAUAGAGAUAAAAGAGUUUUCAGAAAAGAUAGUUCAUUUAACAAUAAAUUCAGGAGAAAUCAAGGUCCAUACCAUAGUGGAUAUCGAAAUGAUAAUUUUGGCAGACAGUCCUACAAACGUAAUUGGUCGAACUUUCAAAAAGAUGACGAGAGAAAGAAAAUGAAAGUUGGAAAUCGAUUAAAGGAAUGUAAUGUUGGUAUUACAGAAUUUAUAGGAGAUAAAGGAUUUUUUGGUAUAAUUAAGGAAAGAUACACAGACUUCCAUGUCAAUGAAAUUUCUUUUGACGAGCAAAUAGCAAAAUUGACAAACCAACAUAUUCCAACUAAUGUGGAAGAAAAUGAGAGUCUGGAAGACUUAAAAAAAAUAGUAUCAGAUACAAUAUGGAAUCAGCUACAAACAUUGAAAGAUUCAGGAUCACCUUCUAUAGAAAUAGAUGCAACAAAUUUAGAUAAGGAUCAGCGUAGAGCAAUUCAUACAAUCGCUAAAAAGAUAACAAAUGUCAUUAGUCAAACUAUAAAUAAAGAAAACAAGAAGAUUAUGAUGAUUCUACCAAAUAAUAAAGACAAUAUUACUCAUAAUUUGCGAGAGGAUAACCGGAUAGAUUGGAAAAAACGCGGUGGUGAAUAUUGUUACUUUGUGUUGCAUAAAGUAAAUAUGGAUACAAUGGAUGCAUUAAAUCAAUUGGCUAUGAAUUUACGUAUGAAGCCAAAUAAUUUUGGUUAUGCAGGAACAAAAGAUCGUAGAGCAUGGACUACUCAGUGGAUCAGUUUGAGAAAAGUGGAACCAUCAGACAUACUGAGAGCAGCAAAAAAUGUACGCGGAGCUUAUGUGGGAAACUUUAAAUUUGUUAAAAAUUCUUUGAAAUUAGGCAUGCUUAGUGGUAAUCGCUUUAGGAUCGCUUUGAGAAAUGUUAAUGGAACAGAUGAUGAGAUCGAAGAAACAAUGGUUUCUUUGAGGGACAAUGGUUUUAUAAACUAUUAUGGUCUACAGAGGUUUGGGACUGUAGCUGCCAUUCCAACUUACGAAAUAGGGAAAGCUUUGCUACAGGGUAAAUGGAAUGAAGCAAUUGAAUUGAUUUUGAAACCUCGUGAAGGGGAACAUGACAGAGAUUUAGCAAAAGCUAGAGAAAUAUACGAAACAACCAAAGAUGCAUGUGCUGCAUACGAGAAGAUUAAGAGAUAUGACAAAAUAGAGGCUACACUUUUGAAAGGUAUUUCUAAAUCUGGUAGUAAGAAUCCUCAAGGAGCCUUAGAUUCGUUACCAAGGAAUGUUCGCUUACUGUACAUUCACUCAUAUCAAAGUUUUGUGUGGAAUCACAUGGUAUCAAAAAGAAUAAAGGAAUUUGGAAGGAAGCCUAUUGUAGGAGAUUUAGUCUACGAAGAUAAUACAAAACAAAAUGAUAAUGAUAAUGAUGAUCAGGAUCUUGCUUAUGAUAACGAAUGCAAAGUCAUAACAGAAGCAAGUACAGAAGCUAAUGAGAAAGUAAGUAAAUUUGAGAGUGAAAUAAGGACAGAUAUGAUAAAAACAGAAGAAAUAUCUGCAAUAACCACAGAAUCAACAUUUAGUUCGAUUAAUGAAGUAACAGAUGUUACAGAAUGUUGCCUAAAAAUAGACGAGAAUGUUGAACCAAGUAAUAAUACCAAUAAGAAUGGUGAAAAUGAAGAUUUACCAAGUCUUCCGGCAGUAAAGAUUCUUAAGGAAGAAGAUUUGCCAAAUUAUACUUUGGCUGAUGUAUUAAUGCCUCAGGUUGGCUGGAAAGUCACAUAUCCACCUUAUGCUAAACCCUGGUUUGAUGAGUUCUUAGCAAAGGAUGAGUUGACUACAGACCUCAGACACAAAAAUAAAAAAUAUAGUUUAGGUGGCAGUUAUAGGAAAGUAUUGCAAAUCCCUUCAAAUAUAUCAUGGAAAAUCAUGCAUUAUAAAGAAAAACACAGUGAUCUUAUUAUGUGCGAUAUUGACGAAAUGAGAAAGUCGACAGCCCCUAAAGACGAACCAGAGGGACAAUAUAAAGCUUUAAUUGUUGAAAUGUCCUUAAAAGCUUCGACAUACGCGACAAUGGCGUUACGUGAAAUAUUGAAAUUCGAUACUUCUCCGCAAACACAGGCUGCUCAGUCUUUUGCGUGUAAUUUAGAAACAGACGAUUUAAACAUCUCGAAAGAUGUUAAAGAAAGUGAAAAUAUGCGUUCUCUAAAAACCGAUAAUAAGGACAUUAACGGAGAAAAGAGUCCGGAAAUUGAAAAAAUUAAAUCGAAUGUUUCGACUAUAAUCGAAGUCGAUGAACAGGUUGAUGAUAAAAUGGAAAUACCCGACGCAAUAUAAAGCGGUGCUACAUAGUUGUAGCAGUUAAAAGUUUGAUACUCUUACUGAGUUAUCUGUACAAGUAAAUAAAAGA